AUGGCACGGAGUGCGACCGACAAAUAUAUCAGCCUUGCGAACGCACUGGAGCAGCUAGACCCUGCGGAGGUUGAUCAUGUCUACAACGAGCUUGAGCCAGUCGAUCCCAAUUCCCUGGAAGGUGAAUGGGAUAUGCAUGUCAUUGAUACGGGGCAUCCUGCACAAGCGUUAGCGGAGGACAUCCUUCCUCUAUUGAGUACCAUGGACUUCGAUGAAGACGCCGAGAAGGUCCACAAAAUCAAGUUCCACGGUGCUCCUGGAAAUCUGGUCAUCCCAGGUGAUCAAGCAUCAACGCGGCGUUUCCGCUACGUGGAUGCAAGUACCAUUGCCGCUACCAAUGGUUACAGGGCAUACUAUGGCAAUGCUGGUGUUCUUCAUUUCUACCUUACCCGAGCAGAAGAUGAAGAUCCGUGCUACAUAGGUUGA